CGUGGGUCGCGUCCAAUCGCGAGCCGACCCUGAUGGGGCACAUCCGGCGGCUAUGAGGCCGCUAGAGGCUGUGCCCGCUGCGGAUCCACCGCAGACACACGCAGACGCGAGCUGGGCGCUGGCGUCUCGCCUGUCCGCACACAGCAGAAAGCAUGAUGAGCGCAACACCCAGCAAGUCGUGGAGAUUUUGUGCUUUGGUGCUGUUAGCUGUGAAUCUGCCACAAGCCAUAUGCACGGAUCAGAAGACCAACGUCCGGGAGGCGGAGAGGCAGGUGAUGGAGCACGUCCUGAGCCCGAGCCGCUACGACGCGCGGUUGCGGCCCCCGGGAUACAACGGCACAGAGAGUCCCACUGUGGUAAGAGUUAACAUCUUUGUACGCUCCAUCAGCAGAAUAGAUGAUCAGCAUAUGGAAUAUGACGCGCAGUUGACGUUCAGAGAGCAGUGGUUUGACGACAGGCUCAAGUUUGACGAUUUUGGAGGUCAAAUCAAAUAUCUAACACUGACAGAUCCCAGCAGAAUAUGGAUGCCAGAUUUAUUUUUUAGCAACGAGAAGAAAGCACACUUUCACGAUGUAGUAAUGCCUAAUGUCUAUGUACGAAUAUUUCCUCUUGGGUCCGUUCUCUACAGUACCAGAAUCUCAAUGACACUCUCGUGUCCCAUGGACCUGAGGCUGUACCCACACGAUCGACAGGUGUGCUCCAUCAGGAUGGCCAGCUAUGGUUGGACGACUGAUGACCUGGUGUUCAUGUGGAAAGACGGCGACCCGGUGCAGGUGGUCAAGAAUCUGCGCCUUCCACGCUUCACGCUAGAGAAGUUCGUUACUGAUUACUGCCACGCCCGGACAAACACAGGCGAGUACAGCUGCCUUAAAGUGGAACUGGUGUUUAAACGCGAGUUCCGCUACUACAUGGUGCACAUCUACAUUCCGACUUUCAUGCUGGUGAUAGUGUCGUGGCUAUCUUUCUGGCUGGAUCAGAGGGCCAUCACGGCACGGACGUGCCUGGUGGUCACCACGGUGCUCACCAUCACCAUCCAGACCUCGGGCGUCAGAGCGUCGCUGCCCGUCGUCAACUACGUCAUGGCCGUCGAGGUGUGGCUCGGGAUGUGCGUCGCGUUCGUGUUCGGCGCACUGCUGCAGCUCGCGCUCGUCAACUACCUGGCCCGCAGCGAGGCGCGCCGAGGCGCCGCCGAGCGGCACAGCCGCCUCGUCGGCCCGGAGCACUCCGCACAGCUGGAGGAGAUCAGCGAGGCUCUCGUCGAGGACGGCAGCGCGGCCUUCGCCAUGAAGCUGUUGGAGGAGCAGUCCAACAGCCCCACGGCUGAGAAGGAGGCGGCGGCCCAGGGCGGAAAGUGUUCGCCGCGUCAGUGGUGGCGCGCCUGGAUGGCCAGCUUCCCCACGGGCUCGCAGCGAGCCGACGCCGCAUCGCGCGUGCUCUUCCCUCUGGCCUUCUCCCUGUUCUGCCUCGUCUACUGGUGCGUCAACGCCUCCGGAUAACAGCAACACCAGUUUCUCGGCAGUGUCCUACGCUGGUAGUGGAAGUAACCCUCCACACAUAUUUGCAGAUGCACAAGCAUUUGUACCUAUUAUAGAAUGAAAAAUAAGUAUUAAAGUACUGUAUAAUUCUC